UGAACUAUAGUGCAAAAAGUUACUUCAGCUAAGUAGCAAGGACUUCGAGAGCUAUUAGCCAUGGCUAUCUCCAAACUGAUUCUUGUUGCUAUGGUGUUUUUCUCUCUACUAGUUGUUCAUCUUGUGGAAGCUGACAACCAAGUGGUGGUGAACAAGGAUGCAACAAAGAGUUCUUAUACCCCUAAAUUAGAUUGUGGAGCAGCCUGUGAGGCAAGAUGCCGUCUGGCGUCGAGGCAGAAAAUAUGCAAGAGAGCAUGUGGGACUUGCUGCGCGCGUUGUAACUGCGCGCCACCUGGCACUUCCGGUAACCUAGAGCUGUGCCCCUGCUACUUUGCCAUGACAACCCAUGGUGGCAAGCGCAAGUGCCCCUGAAUAUAUAUAAGGACUUUAACAAAUAUGUAUAAAUAUUAGACUUUACAUUUACGAAUACUCUCCUGUCUAAAUAUGCUUGCUAUGAUGAUCACUCGUGUAAUUUAAUUUGCCUAUGUGUAUCGUUGUAUAUAUAGCUAAUAAGAUGAGAAGCUUUUUGGACGUA